UGCACACGCCGCUGUCCUGGAGGUGAACUGAGCUAGCAGAAGGCAGCUAACAGACACAACACCGGCGAACAGCGACAGCCUCGUCCGGAGACCUUUUUCCUCCACAUGAAACACACCUUCCUGGAAGAAACGGACCGAAUUCAGACCGGGACGCGAACCCCGUUGCUGCGUAAUAUUUUAAAUGCGCGGCCACGUGAAGUUUUAUAAGUUGCCCAAGUGCGCUGGCUAGCAAGUAGCUUAUGCUAGCUAGCGUUGGUAGAAGGUUCUGUGGUGUUUUCCGGCAUUCACCUCUUCUGUCUGAAGGGAAAUAAUGACUACGGCCUGUGUGGAGCCGGUAGAGGUGAGGCUCACCUCCAGCAGCCCCUGACGCGCUUCAGCAUCGGUUCACUUGGCUGAACUUAACCGGCUCUGAAACGGCAGCGGCAGCAGAGGAGAAACUGGACUCCUCCGACCCUGCAUCCAGCUCAAAGAUGGAGUUAGCGCGGCAGCAGCGCCACAGAGAGCGGGAGGUGAAAGGGGGCAGAAUGCAGGAGAAACAGGACUCUCGGAGCCGAACCCCGGGUAGCCUGGGGAAGGCUCACCCGGCUCUCAAAGCCUUCAUGUGCGGCUCCCUCAGUGGCACCUGCUCCACGCUGCUCUUCCAGCCUCUGGAUCUGGUGAAGACACGGCUGCAGACGCUGCAGAACAACGCUAAACCAGGUGCUCCCAAGGUGGGGAUGUUCACCGUGUUCGUCAACGUGGUCCGUACAGAGAACUUCUUCAGCCUGUGGAAAGGAGUUUCACCUUCCUUUGUGCGUUGCAUCCCCGGGGUGGGGAUCUACUUCAGCACCUUCUACUCCCUGAAGCAGCACUUCUUCCUGGACCGGGCGCCGAACGCCGGCGAGGCCGUCCUGCUGGGAGCCGGCGCCCGGGCCGUGGCCGGCGUCACCAUGCUGCCCUUCACCGUCAUCAAGACGCGCUUUGAGAGUGGUCGCUUCAACUACGUGAGCGUGGCCGGAGCUCUGAGGAGCGUUUACGAGACGGAGGGGGUCCGGGCUCUGUAUUCCGGGCUGACUGCCACGUUGCUCCGGGACGCUCCCUUCUCCGGGAUCUACGUCAUGUUUUACAGCCAGGCCAAGAGAGUGCUGCCGCACGAGGUGACGGCGGCGGCCUACGCCCCUCUGGUGAACUUCGGCUGCGGGGUGGUGGCGGGCGUCAUGGCGUCGCUGGCCACGCAGCCGGCGGACGUGGUGAAGACGCACAUUCAAGUCAGGCCGUCGCACUGCGGCACCGCGGAGGCCGUUCGCUACAUCUACACGGUGCACGGCGUGGGCGGCUUCUUCCGCGGAGCGGUGCCCAGAUCUCUGCGACGCACCCUGAUGGCCGCCAUGGCCUGGACUGUCUAUGAACAGCUGAUGGCUCGAAUGGGCCUCAAGUCAUGAAGAGCAGCCACGUGGAGCCACGAACAGGGGAAGAGAUUUCGAGAUAGUAAUAUAUUUUUUCACUGGAUGAGGAGAAUAGAGCCGAGGAGCCUUUAUAGACAAUGAACCGCCAGGAUGCCGGGCUGAGAAAACAGGUGGAUGGAGAGAGAGGAUAAAAAAAAAAGGAAGGAUGCUUUCUGCGUGUUUGCUGUUAUUUAAAUGUUUGUGAAAAUGUGCCUGUCGGUGUCUGUAGGUAAGUUCGAGGUUGUGACGUUCCACCCGACUCCUGCCUGUGUCAGUCUGACUGUCGUGACACUCCCUGCUGUCAAUUCGAACAUUUCUUCUCGUCGUUUUUGAAGCUCUGGCCUGAAAAAAUGAGAUCAGUAGUAAAGCAGCCUUCAGCACGGUGGUUAGAGAAUAAAAUCUGCCUCGGCGAGCAGACUGAUGAGUUUCCGGAAACACUGCGAGGAGCUCCGAAUUCUGCCACGUGUGUGGAACCUACAUGUGAUUGAGCAAUGUUUCCGACUCACUGGUUAUUGAUAAUAAAUAACCAGGUGUUUUUUUGUUGAGGGCUGAGACAAUCAGAAGGAUUUGCACAGACUUAUCGUGGAAAGAAAACCAAGGCUCUGUUGCCAUUCUUUUGAAGCUAUGCUUCUGAUUUUUAUUUUUUAUUUUAUUUUUAAAUGAAUAACAGUAGCCACGUCUGUAGCGGAAACUAAUUCAGGAUUUGAUGAGUUUGUGUAAUACUUAACUCUUAAUUAUUUAAGGUACCCCAUGGAGUUCCUGGUUACAAGUAGAGAUGUGGAUCAUAGAUUUAGGGUUUUCUGCAGAUCAGCAAAAAAAAAAAAGAUGAAGAAUGCCAAUUCAAUACUGUGGAGGGACAAACACUGGACAAGUGAUCCUUCUUCAGAUCACCCCAGCAUUUCCUCACGGUGGUGUUUUUUUUUUUUAUUCUGUUAAUUGGUUGAAGUCUCUCCAGUAUUCCAGAUGUUCCUGUGCUGAAACACUUAUUCCCAGAGUUAACAGCUUGCUGAAGCAUUGCUUAAUCAUUGCGGAGAUGUGUUUAAUGAGUUUACAGAGUCCAGGUCAGGAUGCGUCUGUUUCCUCCGGCUGACUCCACCCGGCUUUGUAAAUAUUUGACUGAAUGCAGAAAAACUCUGGACAGAAAAAAAAAAAGGCCAAAUUGUCCUGUUGCCUGUGGAGUGUAUCUGUUUUUAUAAAUAUUAUUUAUUAUUGAAAAUAUCAGUGUGGAUAUUUCUCAAGAAAAAAAAAAGCCAAAUGAAAGAGGAGACAGAACUGGAGUGACGGGGCGUUCGCUGA